CCCAACAGUGUUGGGCGAGAUUUGGAUCUGUUUGCAUCGUCGGCAGGCAACGCGUUCACUCACACACUGAUACACCAAAACACACCGACACACACUCAGCCAUACAAACAAACACACACACUCACACACAGAGACAAACAUACGCAUACCGUGUCAGAGGACAGUCGAAAACUGCGCGUGGUCGCCCCACGGGCCACUGAGUGUGAGUGCGAAUGCGAAUGCGAUUGCGAAUGUGAGUUAGUUUUGUGAGUGAGUGUGUGUGCAUGUGUGUGUGUGUGUGCGUUGGCGACUUCAUAAAAAAUUCAACAGCCUACCAAAAGAAAAAACAACAAGAAAAUUCCUAGAGAGCAGCUGAAGAAGCAACAACAAAAAAAAAAAAAAUAAAAGAAAAAAGAAAAUGAAUAUACAAAAGAAAUGUGUGUAGUAUAUAAAUAAAUGUGUAUAAACAAAAGUGCAAGUAAAACACAAUAUUUCAACGAUAAAUUCAACAAAAUCAGUGGCGGCAAAAAGCCAUUUGUAUUGUGGUUUAAGCCCCUCAGUUUUUAAUGCGCUUAACACACAAAUUCAAAUUCAAUUCACACGGAUCGGAGAUAUGUGCAAGUGAUUGGCAAUUUCAAUUAAGCAGAAUCAACAAUAAUUCAAACCCGAUAAACCCGAGAGACGCCAUUGAUAAUGAAUGCGAGCGAAAAUAAAUCUUGGAAGCAGGUGUGCGGCAUUCGCCCAUAAGCGCCACUUGGAGGCACUUCGAGUCGUUGACGACACAAUCGAGAUUCAUUGAAUGCCAAUUCGCAGCGCUGUUAACUGAAUUUGAAAUCGAUUGCGACAGCGAGUGCUGCAAAAAAGAGUAAACAAUAGUGGAGGAGAAAUAUGCCACGCAUCAGCAGCAGCUGCACAGUGUCAAUGUGGCUGAGAGCGCGGAGCGUGGCAACUACAUGACAAGCGUCAGGAUUAGGACGACGACGACGACGACGAGGACGCGAGCGAAUCGAUCAAUGUGCCCAAUCCAUGACCACGACCCCAGCCAGAGCCGCACUCGAGGAUAAUGCAAAUAGUCGUCAACAGCAACAAUAACAGGAACAACAGCAACCAUAACAGCAGUAACAACAACCACAGCAACAACAACGAGAAGAAGAACAACAAACAACACUUUGAGCACACUUUCCCCAAUGGCGGAUGCGGACGAUAGCAACAGUGGCGAGGGCAGCGGCGGAGGCAGCGGCCGCGGAGGCAGCGGCGAUGGACUCGAAUCGCAUCACGACUCGCUGCAGCUGCUGACCAAACUGGACAAGGCGGUGUCCACCAAUGACAUACUGCUCGAUCUGCAGCGUGCGCUCACCUACGAAGCCGUGUUCAGCAGCCUCGUGGAGCACAAGAUGCAGGCGCUGCGUCGCGACUACGAGGAGCACAAGCGUGCCAAGCGCGCCAAGAAACGCAAAUCGAUUGGUCGCAUUCUGCUGCCUCGCAAACUGUUUGGUGCACGUCGCGCGAGCAAGGAUGAAUCCGACCCGGAGGAGGAGGAGCAGGAGGACGUUGAAGUGCGCGGUCUGCAGCCAGCACAAACUGCGCACUGCGAUGACAUCGAGGUGGCCUCCGGUUCGUUGCCCCUGCAGCGUCACUCGACGGUUUGCGCGGAGCCAGCGCUCGAGGAUAGCGUGGCCAGCACGCUGAGCAACUCGUCGGGACGACAGCAGGCCAGGCACAGUCACAGUUUGUUGGUGCAGGCACAAACGCAUACGCCUGCCCAGACGCUGCAAUCGAUGCAGCGCGACAGCAGCUCCGAUUCCGAGGAGGAGGUGCAACGGAGCACCACGACCAACGGCGAUCCGGCGCCACAUACUCCGGCUGUCUCCUGCUACGACAAUACCUCGCUGGCCACUGCCACCGCCACAGCCACAGCCACAGCAACCGCCACAGCCACUGCCACAGCAACUGUGGUGGGCGGUGGGCGUGGCCAGCAUAGCUCCACCAUGGCGGACGACAGUCUGACCGCCUCGUUGCGCGGCAGCCUCGAGAGUCUCUCCUACUCCAGCUCUCGCUGCACGGUCAGCUUUGGCGGCGCCGAGAUCAUCGCCGUGGCCCAUGGCCACGAUGCGGACACACGGGAACGGGCGCGUCUGGCCAAGCGACUGCGCAUCCUGGAGGCCAAGUCGAUUAGUGCACAGUGUAGCCCCAUCUUUCCGCGCAGUAUGGCACGCACGAUGGCGUUGCCCAUGCCACAGCAGGCGCGCAUCCACAUGAACGUUCCCUCCAGUCUGGCCAGACAGCUGCCACAGCAGCAGCAGCAGCAGCAGCAACCACAGCCGCAUGUGGCACUAGAAAUCGGUUCGCUGUCUGUGCCACAGACUCAUCCUCAGCCCCAUCCACAGCCGGAGGCAUUGGUGCCGCAACGUAAGCGACUGCUGCCCAAGCAAAUAUCCUGCACCGAGAGCUAUUCGGGGGCAGGCAGCGAUUUCGAUGGAGCCGCUGCCUAUGCACGCUACUUUUCGCGCCAGAACACCUCCGAGGAUAGCGCCAAUGUGACGGUGAGCACAGUGCUGGCCCAAAGUGAUUCGCAGUCGCUGCACGCGUUGCCCAGCUAUGCAAAUACGCCAACAACGGCUUCGGAACGUGUGAAAUCUCGUAGCACUGGAUUGCUGGCUGUCAUGCCCGAGGCCAUCAUAAUUCCCAUGGAGGAGGAGGAUGAUGAGCAGCCGUUGCCCGCUGCACAGCUGGCGGAGAAACUGCAUCGCAUGACCUCCACAUCGACGGGUUCCAGUCUGGCGCCCACUGGCUGCUGCAGUGCAGCCAAGUCGUCGGCGACCAAACAAAUUCAGAGCUUUAAGCCCGCGCUGCCAAUGCCCGGCACACUGACGGCGCCCAGCACAGGCAGCGAUGAUGAGUACCGACGCCGCAAGAGGAAGUACAAACGUCAUCAUCGCUGCUCAGAUCCCGCAUUGGUUUAUCCCACGCCCAACGGACUGCAGCACUGUGUGCAUGUGCUUGGCCUGCCACCCGAUGCCCAGCCCAUACAAUGCCCCUAUGCCGAGGACUCGCCGUGCGACCUGCAGCUCGACAUGGACACGGACGCUGAUAAAAUCGACGACCUUGAACACAUGGUGCCUGGCGGCGGCGACGGUCAUCAGCGACAUCGCAGAAAGCAUCGGCACCGCCACAAAAAACGUCAUCGACAUAAAAAACCCAAAAUACUUGUACAGGAUUUGGACACAGAAGUUGUUAAGGUGAUCGAUCCGCACGAUCUAUCGCAGCGUGCUCGCUGGACAAUCAUUGCAACUGCCUGCCUCCUGUUGCUCAUGUGCCUGAUGCUAAUCGGCGUAACUCUGCGAAUGGCGCCCAUUAUCGAUGACAUGGUACGCCAGGAGAACGAGCGCAGCAUACGGGAGAAUCUGGAAAGGACCUUGAUGAUGAAGAACCUCACGGAACUGAAUCUGCAGCGACAGCAACAGCUGUUGAAUCAGGCGCAUCAGGCGCAGCACUAGCAGCAGUUGAAUAUGCAUGAGUUGGAUGCAGCAAGUGUCCUUGUUACUGCUCAUCGACUGGCGUGCUUCUAUUUUUGGUUUUCUUUGUGAACCGGAACCGGACUGCGAUCCUCACUCCUCCUGCUCUCUCCCCGCAAACCGACAACCAAACAAAAGUUAUGCGCACAAAUAAAAUGAAACCACUUUGUUAACUACAAUUCAAAUGAAGUUCAAGUUGAAGAUGAAGAUGAAGAUGAAGCCGGCACUCUGAAGUGCCCAGAGGAGGCUCUGAGAGAUUAACGAGUAAACUACUUAAGCAAACAAACAGCAGAAAAACAUAAAUUAAAUACAAAAACAUAUAUAUGUAGUAUAUAGUAUAUAUAUAUAAAUUAAUUUGUUUGAUAUAAGCACCAAGACGAGUGUUUCGCAGAUUGUUAGUCAAGUUGUAACUAAACUAAAAAACAAAGAAAAGAAAACCACAAAAAAAAGAAGAAAAAAAAAAACAAAUGAAACAAUUCAAAAGUGAUCCAGUUUAGGCCUCAGUUGUGGGGCAAUAUGUUAUUUAUAAAAAGUUGGUUUGAUGCAUUGUAAAUGUAUAUUUAUUGUCUCGUAUGCUAAAUGUAAUUUACGUGUUACGUCGAUCUGUUUUCCCCAGAUCUCUCUGCAUAGCUCAAACGCUCUCAGCUUGCGCCACGCACGCACAAAAUAUUUUUGUACAGUACUCACAAUGAGUGCUACUCACUCUCAUUCACUCUUUCCCCCAUCCCCCAUCCUUCAUCCCCAACCCCCCCCCGAUUUCCGCCUUCCCUUUGGCUUGGGAGAUGCAUAUAAAGAUUGAGUGCAUAAAGGUUUCGCAUAUCUUUAGUCAGUUUGUUCACUGGUUUCACUUCAUUGUUUCCCUUUCUUCCGCAUAAUAAAUUUUACAAUUUUUCUGCUCUUUUCUUCCAUCUCCUCACGCCCCUCCUCCUUCUCCUCCAUAUGACUGGUGCGUAGCGCGUUGGGAAAGUAAAUAAAAGAAAUAAAAAUAUAUAUAAAAUAGUUGGUCAAUAGUUAUGUAUAUCUGAAACAAAGUUGUUAACUGAAAGUAUUCGUAAGUAACAAAACGUUAAAAGAAGAAAAAGUUUUUGUAACUGUAAGUAAAAUGGUAACUAGCGAGCAAAGGAGACGAAGCAAGCAAAUUAACGAAAAACAGCAAAAAAGAAAACGAGAAAAGAAAACAGAGAAAACAAUUUUCUGAUUGCAUAAUAAUGAUAAUUACGAUGAUAAUAACGCGUUCAAUAGUUUUAUUCUCACUUUGUUUUCAAGCAAGUGUAUUCGCUGCUAUUGUGCCAAAGUCAGAGUAGACAGAGAUAGGAGAGAAUAUUGAAAGAGAGAGGGGAGAAAUAAUUGUUGUAUAGCAAAAAUAUAGCUAAUAAUCUAGUCUCUAGGAAUUAACAUAAAAACAAAAAAAAACAUUAGCAGUUACUUAUGUAAGUGCAAAACGAGCUUGUUGUCGAAUUAAAUUUAAUUAAUUUAAAUCUACAUUUAAAUUUAGCUACAAUUAAGUUACAAUUAUAUGUAUGUGAGGAAUACGAUCUAUAUUAACUGAACUUUAGUGCAUAUAAAUGUGUAUUUUUGUUAGGUGUUUGAUUGACAUUUGUAUUUGAGAGUGUGUGUGUGUGUGUGUGAGUUUGAUAGUGUGUGUGUGUGUGUGUGCGCGCUUACUUUGUUGCAAUCUCUUGAAAUUAGCUUGAAGCAAACAAUUUCUAUCGGUUUCAGCCGCAAAAGCCGCAUCUAAAGCUAAAUUCAGGCACAAUACGCAGUCGCAGUCUUCACUCGUUGUUUUAUUUUUUUGUUUGUUCAGCUUUGGUUGUUCAACACACACUAUUGCUGUUUCAGGAUAUACUACUUAUAACAUAUAUAGUGGACGGUUGAUAGUUGCAGGAAUUAACAAAUUCCAAAUUGGAUAGUUGGAAGAAAGUGGUUAAAAAGUGGCCAUUUUUUUUGCAAAACGGUAUAACUAAGCUAAACAGCCCGAAUUUUGUGUAAGAUUGUGCCUAAUCGAAAGUGAGAAUUAUAACAAAACACGUUUAAACCAAUAAUAAUUAUUAUAAUAAUAAACUUUGCGAAUACCGUUGGCAGGAUAAACUUGCAGAGUUGCUAAUUAAAUUAGUUCUAAAUAAAAAACAAAAAAAAAAAAAACAUACAGCCUAAAUCGAUGUCAAUAACGUUAACUGCUAGCAACAAUUAUGAAACAUACACUCAUUUUUGGAAUACAAGGUUCAUAGAUGACAAACUAAGUAAACUAAAAACAAAAAAAAAAGUAAAAGUAAAUGGAAAGCUUUAAAUUAAACCAAAUUUUGAAAAUCGAGAAAAAAAAACAACUAUUUAUAUAAGUAAAUCCAGUUAAAUGCGAUACGAGUACAUCAAAUGGAGAUUAAGAAUAACACUCAUCCGACCCAUGGCACAAAUAAAUAGUCACAAACACACAAGCACACAUACAUACACACACACACAUACAAAAAGAGUACUGAGUAGUGCAGUUUAACUUUGUGUUAUUUCUCAUUUUUGGGCAAAUGCAUUGCCAAAUGAAUUAGACCGUCGACAAAAUUCCUGCUAAAUCCUUAUGAAUAAACAAAGCAGCACAGAAUACACUCAAAACGAAUCCCACACAAACAUACACUCACACACACACACACACAUGCAACAAAAACAAACUACAAAAUGCUUCAGGCUCAAGAUAGAAAAUUGAAAUAGAAUUUCACAAAAUCAAAGUACUUUGUAAUUGCAUUUAACGUAAGAAAAUAAAUGAAUACAACUAUAUAUGAAAAGCGAAAUUAAAUUAGUUACAUAAUUAUACGAACAACCCAAAACAAAACAAAAAAAUAUAUAUAUACAUAUAAAUAAAUAAAUAAAUAUGAAUAAGAAAAUUAAAUGAAAUCUACGUAGCUAAGUGUAUAAAAUCUAAGCUGAAUUAUUAUACAAUCUGGAAACGAUUCGAUAACGAUGAACAUAUUCAUUUGUAAGCAUUAAUUCAAAUUCAAAACGAAUUCAGAGAGAAUCCAUAAGAAUCAGGCUCGAAAUUGUUGUUUAUUCAAUUCCAAAACAAAACAAAACAAAAAAAAAAAAAACAGCUCUUGAGCAAAUUUUUAGCCUUUGCAAGUGAGACUCUGGUGCCCAAUCUCAAGUUUGAGCAAUUAUUUACAAAGUACACACGAAUUGCGGCAAAUUGUAAAUAUGGAAACAACUUAAGAGUAAUUUAAUAAUAAUAAUAAUAUUAUUGAACAAGGAAAAAGCUUAACAAAAAUCAAAGUUUACAACUUGCAGUAUAAAAAUGCAUACAUUAAAUUAUAUAUAUAUGUUUAUGUAUAUAUAUAUAGUAAAUAUAUAUACAAAACAUACAAAUGUAUAUUCUGAAUAACAAGGAACACAAACCAAAAAAAAAACACAAAAAUUAAAAUCGAAAACCUAAAAGAAAAAAGAAAAAAAAAAAGAUAACUUAAUACCUAAAUGUGUGCAAGAAUUCAAAACUUAACUGUUAAUUGUUGGUCGAAAUCGAAAUCAAAAUGAUAAUGAGAUAAUGAAAGUGGAAAUCAAAUCAAACAUUUGAACGCAUUAAGCGUUUUAUUCAUCAACCAAAACAAAAAUGUUGAAUUACCAUAAAACUAAACGAAAAAGUCAAACAAAAUUUAAUAAGAAUACAAAAAAAAAAAAACGAAACGAAAACAUAAAAACAAAACAAAUGCAAAUCAAAUUGUGUCA